GCGCCCAGAACGUCACUUCCGGCGCGAGGGCCGGGCCGGCCGGCUGUGGAGUGCGGGUCUGUUCUGCGCGCUCUGCCAGCCGAGGCUCCUGCCGCUGUGACCCGCGCUCCGCCCGCCGCCGGGCCGCAGGGACCCUGAUAGCUAAUGUCAGAAGAAAGUGACUCUGUGAGAACCAGCCCCUCUGUGGCCUCACUCUCCGAAAAUGAGCUGCCACCGCCUCCCCCGGAACCUCCCGGCUACGUGUGCUCGCUGACAGAAGACUUGGUCACCAAGGCCAGGGAAGAGCUUCAGGAGAAGCCCGAGUGGAGACUCCGGGAUGUGCAGGCCCUUCGAGACAUGGUACGGAAGGAGUACCCAUACCUGAGUACAUCGCUGGAUGAUGCCUUCCUGUUGCGCUUUCUGAGGGCCCGAAAGUUUGAUUAUGACCGGGCCCUGCAGCUGCUGGUCAACUACCAUGGCUGCAGGCGGAGCUGGCCAGAGGUCUUCAGCAACCUGAGGCCAUCAGCCCUGAAAGACGUUCUUAACUCUGGAUUCCUCACAGUGCUGCCCCACACAGACCCCAGGGGCUGCCAUGUCCUCUGCAUCCGACCAGACAGAUGGAUACCGAGCAACUACCCGAUCACCGAGAACAUCCGCGCCAUCUACUUGACGUUAGAAAAACUCAUUCAGUCCGAGGAGACCCAGGUGAACGGGGUUGUAAUCCUCGCCGACUACAAGGGAGUGAGCUUAUCAAAGGCGUCUCACUUUGGCCCCUUUAUCGCCAGAAAGGUGAUUGGCAUCCUUCAGGAUGGCUUCCCCAUUCGGAUAAAAGCAGUUCACAUAGUAAACGAACCUCGGAUAUUUAAGGGCAUUUUCGCCAUCAUAAAACCAUUUCUGAAGGAGAAAAUUGCAAACAGGUUCUUCCUCCAUGGGUCUGACCUGAGCUCUCUGCACACGAGCCUUCCAAGGAAUAUCCUCCCCAAAGAGUAUGGGGGCACCGCUGGGGAGCUGGACACUGCCAGCUGGAACGCGGUGCUGCUGGCCUCGGAGGAUGAUUUUGUGAAAGAGUUCUGCCAGCCUGAGUCUGGCUGCGAUGGUCUCUUGGGCCAGCCCCUGCUGCCUGAGGGGCUGAUCUCAGACGCGCAGUGUGACGACUCCAUGCGAGCCAUGAAGUCCCAGCUCUACUCCUGCUAUUAGCCCUCUUCCGGGAGAAUCACCAUGUGUAAUUCCUUCCUUCUUCGAAUGCACAGGCUGAAGAUGCCAGGACCUCGGUCUUGCUCCAUCACAGUGCAGCACGGAGCUGCCUGCAGAGAUUUAAGGAGAGCCCAUCACAGGCAGACCUCUGACCAGCUAGGUUAUUCCAAGAAGACAUGGAAAUUGCCCUGGUGAUUCCCAGAUGUCUGUACUCUAAGUCUGCAACUGUUACUCUGGAAGCUGCAUCUGUUUCUUAUGCAUCUUGGAAAGAACUAGGGUCAAAGUCACUCUGAAGUGACCAGGAGUAGACAACUUGAUUGAUCAUGAGUCUGAAACAAUUGCCAAUCCUGAAAGGUGGCCAUGCGUGAGACUUUGAGUCUCUUUCCCAUAAACUGUAGGUGUUGACUACUGCUGCUUAUCUGCAAAGGUCAGGGUUCAGGCCCCAGUUGGCAUUGCUGGGUCUGGGAAGCACUGCUAACUGAGUGGUAGAAACGCCAGGCCCAGGCAGCACUUAAAGGUUAAAGGUCAAAUUUGGAAGCUAAGGCUAUAAAUCAUCCUGGGUUCCAGGCUUAAAUCUUGCAAUGGACACUCUCCCCAAACCCAUAAAGCCUUAGCUCUGGUUCUCCAUGGAAUCAUGCAGGUCAACAUAAAAUACUGGAUUCUUGGACUGCGUGGCUAAAAGCACUUAGACUAGGAGUCCAGUGUGUGACUGGAUGGAUAGGGGCCUCAGCUUGUCAACUCUAAGUUAGGCUCCAUGGAAUGAAGGCCUUGGGGGCUGCUCAAGUUCUGUUAGGUUUCUGCUUGGAAAGAUGACCACCUGGAGGUGGCCGGGCCUUUUUGGUUUGGCUUGGUUUUGUGUUAUAGACACAAGCCUUAUGGAAAGGAACCGUCUGGCCUUUAAAGAAAUUACUAUGUUCCUGGGAGUUGGUGGUAACCAGCUGCUUUUGCAGAAUGAUGGGUGAACUGGAAAGGGAUGGCUUUUGUGAGGCUGACCAAGUCUUGUACGCGGAUGUUGUACAGAUUCCUCCCACACCGGAGACAUUCGUACUAUAUUAGAAACAGCCACGGACUUGUGCUCUUUCAGUUUGUGUCCCUGGAAACAUACGGGGGGCAGGCUGUUGCUGGUUCACCUGGGGGCCCUGCCCUCCCAGACACGGGAGUGCUUGUCUAGCGUGGGAGGGCCAGUUGGCCAGAUUGUUAGCUCUGCGUUGGGGUGUCGUAGACAACUGACAGGAUUUUAGCCUUAACCCAAGCACUGAGUGAGGUGAUUUUUCCCUUGGCUUUUGGCGUGUCCUUUGGUAUUCACCAUGUAUUGUGGUGUCAGGUAGUGUCAGGUACUGUUGGCUGUGUGUCUCCUAGACUAAGCGGGCGUUGCAUACAGCUUACAUACAGUGCUUGGAGACCAAAGGUCAGUUGGUUGUUAAUAAGCUGUUCCACCCUUAACAGCACUUCCCAAAACAUCACAGAAGCUCUUUAUGGACACUUACCUCAAUAAUGCCAAUUCUGGAGGACACUCUUUUCACCAUAGAUGCGAAUCCUUGAUCUCCUGGCUCCUGGUUGAGCUUCCGCACUGAUACACCCUCUUGACUGCCCAUCAGGGCCAUUUGCUGCUGAGUUUCUGCUAUUUGCUUUAGCUCCUGGUGUUUUCUGCCUAAAGGGAUGGCCACCCAGACACCUAAAAAGACCCGGGAUGGCUCUCUAGCCUUGGUGGAGAGUCUUAUUAGAAGUUUUCUUUGGGGGAUUGGGGAUUUGGCUCAGUGGUAGAGCGCUUGCCUGGCAAGCACAAGGCCCUGGGUUCGGUCCCCAGCUCUUAAAAAAAAAAAAAGUUUUCUUUGGUAGUUGGGGAAAAGGCAGAAGGAAAAAAACAAAGGGAAAGAUGAAUCUCUCAGUCCUACCUGGUUCCCUAAAUUUAAAUCGUGUCAUGUGACUAGUUAGUCUCUUUGACUUAACAAAGGGACAACCAGGUUCUUGGGGAGAAAUCUCAGAGCAGAAAUGUUGCCUGUUUGCUAAGCCUUUCUGGUUAAGCCAAGAGGGAGCCAUUGUAUCAAGACUCUAAGGAGGCUGGAUCUGUUAUGUCCCCAUUGCUACUUGUGGACUCUAGAGGACUCUUGGCACCUCAGGUUUGAAGCAGGCUGUGAGACCAGGAUGUCCUGGUGCCAAGCAACCCCACUGUUGAGCAGCAGGGGCACCAUAGGCCUCAGCUAGGGGAGCGCACUGGUAGAGCCAGCAAGUGAGCAGGAAUCUGACUUUAGGGUAAAAAUCUAGACAGUUCUGACAGCUGGAAGUCAACUUUUCCUCCAUUCAAAGUCAUGUGGCAUUGGGAAGGGGCUAGGGAAAUAGAAGUGGGUUCCAGCUUUAUCUUCCUACACAGUCUCGAGUAUAGCAUUAACACCGAGUGCUGGACAGAGGUUGUCUGCUGAACACUCAAUCCUGCUCCUGACUGACUCUGGAAAUAAGGACAUUCCACUCUGCUUGGCGCGGAGAUGCCCUAGUGUAAGAAUAUGGGAGUCUUCUCUUUCUCAAGUCCUCUACAGACUUCCAGGCAGUUCAUCUUCCUAGAAAAGUAUGAGUUCUGCCUUCAUGUAGAAACACAGAUAAAAUCUACAGAAACAACCGGAAGUGCUGGCUUCUUACGCCUUGGCUUUCUCCAGGCACAGGUGGGUUCGACUACUCCCAUUUCAUCUUUGUAAGCACCUCAGGUUAUAGGGCAGUUUCUUCAGAGUUGGGGGACUGGAGCCAUUCCCCCUGAAUGCCUGAGGUGGCCUUACCACCUAGCAGCCAGUUUGGCCAGCAACAGCCACACUGCUGUUAUGGUAUCAUAAUACCUCAUCCUCGGGUUUCCUUCAGAAAGGAAAAUGCUAACUCAGUUGAUGUAAGUGUUGCUGUGCUGGGAUCCUGUCAUGUGGGAGGGAACACCAAAUACACAGGCUCUCAGGAGACAUCUUGCUAAGGCUUCUCUUUACUGCAGUCUGCUCACGUUGUAAAUCUGCCCUCUGUUCUCCUGACUCAGAAAGACUCAGCCACAAAUGCAAGAAGCGCCAUCAAACGUUCCUUCUCAGUGGGAACGUGCUCCACAGGAAGGUCCAGUGGGAUUUGCAGCUAGAGUCACGUUUUACUGGUUUGUGACCAAAUUUACUGGUUUUCAGUUACCUGGGGUCCUAUGUGUGUUUUCAACCUUUUCCCAUCAGGCAGUUAGUAGUAGCCACUUUGGGUUCCUGUGGACGUGCCUCAGCUUCUCGGCAUAGGAACCCAACAGGUAGAAUACUUGAAACUUCUCAGUGGCCAAGACCUCGAUACCCUCUCUGAUGGGUGGGAACUGGGCUAUUUUCCUGACCAAUCUAGGCCACCAUUUUAGUCCCUGGUCACAUUCCUUACUCCAAACUGAAAUUCAGUUUGGCUUUGAGUAUGUGCACACGUGGUGGGUUCACCUACUUCAGUGUUGACCAAAAGUUUAUUUUUCUAGUGCAUUUUUCUAAAUGGUAAAAAUAUGUAAUUUUAGUAUGCAUGACUGGGUCUCCAAAAUAAAAACUGAGUGUAUUGUG